UUCGGCUGUUGUUGAUUUUACCGGCAAUACCGAGUCCGCUGCCAAUUGCUGGGCUUAGCCUUUCACGGGACAAUCGGUUCGGUUCGGCACCGAGUUUACUUGGGCCCCCCUACGCAGCAUGCAAUGUUGGUGCUCCGCUAUACCGAAAGGACAAAGUAGUUUAGAAAAGUAGAAACCUUGCGCCAUGAACUUCUACCAACUCAGGUUUUCUUGUGGGUUGAUCUGCACGCUCCCUAUACUUACACGAUGAAGUCGUAUCUGACUUUGAGAAGCAUUGUGACGAGAUCCAACCCUUUGCCCUCAAGGAGCCAUACCUUGGCUACUGCCCCGGCUAAAUGGCGGAGCUUCGCAACCACCGCGACGGCAUCCACCCAGAAUGCCGAAAACCUCCCACUUGCCGGAAUCCGCGUUCUGGAUAUGUCAAGAGUUCUUGCGGGCCCAUACUGCACUCAAAUUCUUGGGGAUUUAGGUGCGGAAAUCAUCAAGAUUGAGCAUCCAGUCCGCGGCGAUGACACCAGGGCUUGGGGACCCCCUUUCGCCAAAUAUAAGGACGGCACCAAAGAGGGACCGGGAGAGAGCGCAUAUUAUCUAUCGGUAAACCGCAACAAGAAAUCUCUCGGACUAUCCUUCGCCCAUCCUUCCGGCGUCGAAAUCCUCCAUAAGCUUGUAAAAGAGUGUGACGUUCUGGUGGAGAACUAUAUCCCCGGAUCACUGAAGAAAUACAAAAUGGACUACGAUACUGUGAAAGCUAUUAACCCGAAGUUGAUAUACGCAAGUAUUACCGGGUAUGGGCAGACUGGUCCCUAUAGCCAACGGGCAGGAUACGACGUCAUGGUUGAGGCUGAGAUGGGCUUGAUGCAUAUCACUGGUUCUCGCGACGGACCUCCAGUGAAAGUUGGUGUCGCCGUUACGGAUCUAACCACGGGACUUUAUACAUCUAAUGCUAUUAUGGCAGCAUUGCUGGGCCGAGCGAGAACUGGGAAAGGCCAACAUAUCGAUGCGUGUUUGAGUGAUUGUCAGGUCGCCACGUUAUCGAAUCUGGCAAGUUCUGCAUUAAUCAGCGGUGAAAAAGAUUCUGGCCGAUGGGGAACUGCUCAUCCUUCUAUCGUACCGUAUCGUGCAUAUAAAACGAAAGACGGUGAUAUUCUUCUUGGAGGCGGAAAUGACAAGCUCUUUGGUGUGUUAUGUGACAGACUAGGCCAGCCAGAAUGGAAGGCAGACGAGCGUUUUGUCAGAAACAACCUUCGAGUUAAGAAUAGAGAUGUCUUGGAUAAGAUGAUCGAAGACAGAACAAGGCAGAGGACUACUCAGGAGUGGCUUGAGAUACUCGAAGGUAGCGGCAUGCCAUACUCCGCUAUCAAUGAUAUCCAGGGGACCCUUAACCAUUCACAUGUGCUGGCCCGAGAUAUGGUUGUAGAGGUAGACCAUCCAACCUGCGGACCUAUGAAACUUGUCAACACGCCCAUCAAGUAUUCUGAUGCCAAGCCUGGUGUUAGAACACCCCCCCCGACCCUGGGCCAGCAUAGCGACGAGGUCCUUCGAGAUCUCGUGGAUCUUGGGGAGAACGAGAUUGCGCAACUGAAGAAGGAUGGAGUUGUUGCUUAGAUACAUAGAUAAAAUAGAUAUUAAUCGUGCCGCUGCUUACUCACUCACCUCUAGUGAGUGUGUCACACCAAAACAAUAAAAACACUGAAAUGAUAAAAAUCUUGUAAAUUCUUAAUCUUCAUUAAUUUAAUUUAAUUAAUAAUUAUCACAAUGUUGAAUAAAGAUGAAAAUAUUGAAGAGUGUAUUUAACAA